AUGUCGGGACUCCAAGAGAAGGCCGAUCCAGCUGUCGAGGAUGUUGGCAAGGCAGACGAGAAGACUGCACACCACUCUGAGCUCUUGGCCCUCGAUGCCAACGUUAUGAGCCAUGCCUACGACGCAGAGAAUGCGGAGCAUGAGAUGACGGCGUGGCAGGCUGUGAAGUCGCAUCCUAUGGCUUGCUUCUGGGCAUUCCUUAUGUGCUUUACUAUUGUCAUGGAGUCGUUCGACAUGUUUUUGAACGGUAACUUUGUUGCCCAAACCGCUUUCAAGGAAAGAUACGGCGUUGAACACGCGAACGGAAAGACCAUCGAGACCAAGUGGCAGAGCGCUCUAUUCCAGAGUGGACAAUGUGGUGCUUUCGUGGGCGUCUUCAUCGCUGGACCCAUAACAAAUCGCCUCGGCUAUCGUUGGACCACCAUCUUAGGAUUGGUCCUGAUGAAUGCUACAAUCUUUAUCUCGUUCUUUGCCGACUCACUCGCUGUCCUCACCAUUGGUCAAGCAUUUGAAGGUGUACCAUGGGGUCUCUUCAUCGCAAACUCACCUGCGUAUGCCUCGGAGAUUGUCCCCAUCGUUCUUCGUGGUGCUUGUACGGCCACUCUGCAAAUGAGUUGGUCUAUCGGUGGUAUCAUCGUCGCAGCUGUGACGUGGGUCUACAACAAGCGUGAUGACCAGUGGGCCUGGAGAAUCCCACUUGCUCUGCAAUGGGUCUUCCCAACCCCUCUUCUGAUUCUCAUAUGGUUUAUGCCGGAGUCACCAUGGUGGCUUAUUCGCAGAGGACGGAAAGACGAAGCACUGCGAUCUAUUGAGCGUCUUGGUGCCAAGUCGAAAACCAAGGCGAACGACACCCUUGCUAUGAUGGAGCGCACAGUUGAAAUCGAGGCCCUCAAGGGCGGACACCCGCAGCUUCCUGACCUGUUCAAAGGCACGGACCUGAGGCGAACAGCCAUCACCUGUCUGAUGUACGCGUCGCAGAACUUUGCCGGCAAUCUGAUUGCCAACCAGGCGACUUUCUUCUUCGAGCAGGCUGGCAUGUCCACCGAUUUCAGCUUCCAGCUCAACCUAAUCAACUCUUGCCUCGGCCUCGUUGCGAACAUCGGCUCCUGGUUCCUUUCCGUUUGGUUCGGCCGCCGCACAAUAUACCUCUGGGGCACGGCCGCAAACUUUACCUUCCUCAUCCUUCUCGGCAUCUGCGCCAGCAUCAAACAAAAUUCGUCCACAAACUACGCGCAGGCCUGCCUUGGCGUUAUCAUCUCCUUCGUAUACGCUGGCACGCUCGGUCCAAUCUCAUACAGCAUCAUCGCCGAAACAUCAUCUGUCAGGCUCCGCGCGUUGAGUACCGGUGUCGGACGAGGCGCGUACUACGUUGCUGAGAUCCCGAUGAUCUACCUUGCGAGUCAGAUGUUGAACCCAACAGGAUGGAAUCUAGCAGGCAAGUGUGGAUAUAUCUGGGGCGGGACUGCAUUUGUGUGCUACGUUAUGGCUUUCUUCUUCUUACCGGAGCUCAAGGAUCGGUCGUACCGCGAGGUGGAUAUCAUGUUCAACCGCAAGAUCCCGGCACGCAAAUUCAAGACUACGGUCAUCGAUGUACGGGAGAAUGAAUAA